AUGGGCGCGGGGAGGCGGGCGGGACAGCAGCGAGACGAAGGGCCGAGCGGAGACGGCGGCGGGCGAACCGACUCCCGCGGCGGCCGAGCCACUGGUGACACCCCCAAGCGCAGACUGAAGCUUUCGCCCGAGGACGGAAAUCCAAGCCCUGAGGCCUUGCUCGUUGCUACGGAGACCAAAACUCCUACAGGUCGAUCGCUCAGCUCACCCCAUGGACCGGAGAGAAAGAGAAGAAACAACAGCCGGACUCCAGCAAGGCAGACAACCCCCAGGCCGACGAGGCUUCUGGAUAAAAUUCAGAUGAACACGGAAGGAAGUUUGUGUCAACUGGGAAAGGAAAAUGACUACGACAGUGAGAGACCAAGGGCUCCUCUCUCACCACCUCUGACUCAGACUGGCACCAAGCGCACCGAACUGGCAGAUGGACUUCAAACCCCGGCUCAGAAAAAAAGGAAAAGCGGAUUCCACAGAAACUUGGAGGGGGGACGGGUGUAUAAUCUUCGACGAUUGUUCUGCUCCCCGCAGCUUGACACUGAACAAAUUCCAGACUCGGGUGAAAAAGAAAUCAUUGGAGACUUCUCUCAAGCCUGUCUUCUGCCCGUGGAGGAAGGGAAACAUCAGGAUCUGAAAUACAUCUCUGCCCAGACGGUGGCAGUUUUGCUGGUCGGGAACUUUGACCAUCUUAUUGACGAGUAUGUCAUUGUGGAUUGUCGCUACCCUUACGAAUACGAGGGAGGGCACAUUAAGGGAGCCCUGAACCUGUACACGGAGGAGCAGCUCGUCAGCACCUUCUUCCCACCGCAGCUGUCACCUGAUCCAGCGAGGAGGCGUACCGUCAUCGUCUUUCACUGCGAGUUCUCCUCCCAGCGAGCUCCCAAAGUCUGCCGGAGUCUGAGAAGACUGGAUCGGAAUGUAAAUGUGUAUCCCAGGCUCUGCUUUCCAGAACUUUACAUUCUGAAGGACGGCUACAAACAUUUCUUCCAGCAGUUUGAGACACUUUGUGAACCUCGGGGGUACAUUCGGAUGCUCCACAAGGAUUACAGGGAGGAACUGCGCAGAGUGCGCAAGAAGGUGCAAUUGGUGUCCGGGCGACGCAGGCGGAAGGAACUGUUCAAAGCGGCAAGUGGACGCUGAAAGUGGGAAGAGGUCUCUGUGGGAACAGACCAUUAACGGCUCUUCUGGACCAGACCAUCAAAGCCAGCAGUGACCUCUCAAGACAGCGUCUCCCUUUCACACACUGUUCAGCAUCUUUCCUUCAGUACUCUUCAAAGUCAGAAACAGGAACUUGGGAAUUAUUGGUUCUCCGUUUGACCAAGAACAUCUAGUGCCCUAUUGAACGUUCCCGGGUCAGGUAUAUUGUGGGUUAGAUACAGAGUGAAGCUCUGUGAAGCUCCCUCUACACUGUCCCAUCACACACUCACAUUAAUACUUAUAUAAAAUACAAUCUCCCAAUGUAAGGGCAGCAGGGGUUAGAUACGGUAAAGCCCAUUCUGUACUUUGACAGGAAUCAAAAAUGGAAAUGUAAUGUGGAAUGUCUGGUUUUUUUAUUGUAGUUUUUCAGAUUUGAGAACCUCUGGGGGUCCUUGGGGUUUUCCCAGGUGGGGGUUUUGUGGUGGAGAAUCUGCCCGUGAUUGAGGGGCUGCUCCUGCAGGCAGCGAUCAUUGUUAGAGCCUGAGGCUGGCACUCAUUCUGGGGCUGAGGUCAGAGUCAGAACGUGCAGAUCAACAUCAGCCGGUAUGUGCUGACCCGGGGGACGAACUGGGUCCGCUUUUACAGAUGUCCUCAAGUUGAUUUUAUCCAUAAUACACAAAAAUCACUCAAUGUGGUAAGCACACCUCCAACAUGUUAUAAUGAAUGGCAUCUAAAACACAUAAGACCGAUAAGGAAAGAACGGUUAUUAAAUGUGGAGACAGAGAGCAAACUGGUUCUUCCAUUCUUAGGAACGGACGUACGUCAGAAUUUAGUAAUAUUAUGGGAGCUCAUCCACCUGUAGGGGUAUCCAUGUCAGACGUUUGUAACCUGGGGACUGAGUGCAGAGAUGACUCAACUGUCUGAGAGACGAUAAGAGUGGAAAGCUUUCAAAUUUUUUUCUACAUUACAAUUUUUUUUUGGAAAUCAUUGGACCAAAAUGAUAUAUCCAAAUAUUUAAUGCAAUUAAAUCAUUACCAGUACAAAAUAAAUGGAGGCUAUGCAUUAUUUGUA